AAUGUCAGUUGAUCGUAGAAGGUCGUCGCGUUCGGUUGUGGUGCGAAAGUGCUUAAGUAAACUGGAUAUAUUCGUUCGAAAUCCGUCGGUUAACGUGAGUUUCUUAGUGCGAAACUGCCAAGCAGAGCUAUUCGAAAGUGACGACAACGACAACGGCGAGGCGAGUGAAACGGAAUUUCUCGAUUCUUGCCUUCGGUUGUGCUGUGCUGUGCCGCCGUUCACGUGUGUGUAUCGUUGGCCGUUGCUGGCUUAUCUCGUUGCUGGUUGGUUGGACCAUCGAAGAAAGGCAAGUGAAAUUGUUCAGUUCGUGAUUUUUUUUCUGUCUACAUUUUCCGCCUGAUUUGUGAACCGGUCGAAGAGAAAAGGUGAAAAUCGAUGGCACUUUAAAUACGGCACUUUAAAUACGGAAAAGUGUCUAACAUUACGUAAGGAAGACGCAUUGUGAAAAAUUUUCUUGCAAUAAAACGCAACAAAAAGCAACAUUUUAAACCGGUAAAGUUAGGAAGAGAAGGUUCGCGCACGGGCACCAGUUAAGUGAAUGUGGAAUAAUUGUACUGGUUUUUUUUUCGUCGUGUUCUACUACUGGAAGAAGUGCAGCUCAGCCAGCGUGACCAAGCCCCUGCCUGUACCCUCUGGGAAAAGAAGCAGAACAGAUCAACCGACCGUCGUCAUCGUCGUCGUUGUGCUCCAGCUGGUGGUUACCGGACCGGGUGAUCGAGAAUAUCGUUGCCCGUGUUGCUGGAAGGUGGAACUUACAAGACAAAGCAGCAGCACAUAAGAAUAAUACAGCAAACGGAAAAAAAGGGUUCGGCUUCUAUACGAAAGACUGCAGCAAUAAGGCGCGAACGCGUACUGAACUGAAGGGGGCAAGGCCAACUCGAUACACUCGUUCACGCUGCAAGGAGGAAAAAAUACGAAUCCAACUCCAACGACUGUUUCGGUCCAAACACAAAAGGGAACAACCCGCACUCUAGGAUGAAGAAUCACCGACAGUAGGCCAAGGAAUAUUUACGCGGUUGCUUAGUUUGGUUUUUUUCCUUCGAGACGCGGCUGUGCCAUUAUGACGUCAUCCAAUGACAUAGGUAAUGGUGGCGGCGGUGGAGGAGGAGGCGGAGGAGGAGGAGGAAGAUCCGGUCAUCAUCAUCAUCAUCACCACCGCCGGAAUAGUAACAAUGGUGGCAGCAACAACAACAACAACAACCACAACAACAAUAACAAUAUCGUCGGCCGAAGGAUUAGUAAUGUGAGCGUAAACAAUAACAGCAGCGUCAACAAUCUGAAUGGGUACAACAGCAAUCACCACAAUGGUGGCAACAGCAGUCCACGGAUGAACCGGGACAAGGAGUGGGACUUUAAGAAAAGCACCAAAUAUCCCGAAUCGGACGACUGCGACUCGUUGCCGCCGCCGCCACCUCCGGAGGACGAACCGCCGUACUUCGACGAACUGCCGCCACCGCUGCACCAUCACCACAACCACCUGAGCCACCUAAACCAGCUGGAUCUGGUCGGGUCCAGCCCGCCGGAUAAGCUGUCCCGCAAGCACCGGUCCAACUCGGACAGUAGCCAAUCGAAGCAGCAGCACCGCAGCACUGGCAACGGCAAUGGAUUGCAGCACAAGGCACACCACCAUCACCAUCACCAUCAUCACCAUCGGAACUCGAAAAGCAGCCGGGCCGAUUCGGUACUGUCCAGCGAUUCCGACAUUCGGUUCACCCGGCGGAAGCUGGGCGACAAUCAGAAGUGCGGCUGUGCGCUGAUUGCCGGCUUUCUGCUGAUACUGCUGUUCGCCGGCGUGGUCGUCUAUGUGGGAUACACCUAUCUUCGGCCGGAACCCCUGCCGGACCGGAUAUUCCGCGGCCGUUUGCGGGUAAUCGAGGGCGACUACUGGACACCGGAGCUGGCCGAUCAAAACUCGGCCCGGUUUCAACGCCGGGCGCGUGACUACCGGGAACGAAUCAACCUGAUAAUGCGACGAUCCGACCUGCGCGAACCGUACGAGGGUAGUGAAAUUCUCGCCCUGGACGGCAAUGAAGGUGAGGAUGUGACGCUCCACUUUGCAAUGUACUUCGACCCGUACGCGGAUCUGGUUUCCACCGCCGAUCUGCACUCGAUUCUGAUGGAAGAAAUUACGUCCGAUCAUCCACGCUACCUGCGCAACCUAACCAUCGAUCCAUCCAGUUUGAUCAUCAAGGAAGUGCUCGGGCAGUUCGAUGACAUUCCGGGAACCUCCUCGUCGCCACUGGGAGGCAAAGAUGAUGUCAUCAACGAAAUAAUUACCACCAUGCGGCCACCGCGAAAAUGUGAACUGCUGCGCCUCAGCUACUGCCGUUCGGUUGGCUACAACCUAACGACUUAUCCGAACAUCUUCGGACACAGCUCGGUGGAGGAGGUCGAAGCCGAUCUGAUCUCCUUCCGUGAGCUGGUGGACGCGGAGUGCUUCCGGCAGGCUUUCGACUUCAUCUGCCGGCUGCUGCAACCACCGUGCGAGUAUCGACGCAUUGAGGAACCCAGCGCUGGCAAGAUAUGCCGCCAGUAUUGCCAGGCGUUCUGGAACGGGUGCGGCGAUCGGCUGCCGGAGCGGUUCCGAAAGUUCAUGGAUUGCGAACGGUUUCCGGAAUCGACGGGAAUACAAUCGUGCCACAGUCGACCCGGCUGUGCGACGGAGCUGCAAUCCAAUGCUCUCUCGUCGCGUCUGUGCGACGGCGUUGCCGACUGUCCGGAUUUGUCCGACGAGAACACUUGCACCUUCUGUCCGUACGGGGCAAUCUACUGCGGCCGAGGCAGAGUGUGCUACGCCAGAAAUGCGCGCUGCGAUGGCAAGAUGGACUGUCCGGACGGGAGUGACGAGAAAGAUUGCCUUUCGAUUUCACCCCAAGUAACGUAUCUGACGUUCCCGUCACCGAUUGUGCCCUACCGGCCACGCUUCUAUUCCGAGGGUUAUGCUGUCUUCUCGGAGAAGGGUAUUACUGGAAAGCUGUGUUCCGUUGGUAUGGAGUCUAAUGAGUAUGUGCGCAACACCGUGGCAGAAUCGCUGUGCAAGGCACUCGGGUACGAGCGGGUCGAUUACUCGGAGGUGCGAAAUGAUACGGAACCUAACACAAGCUACGUGCGAGUGUUGGACCCCCGUGCAUCGGAGAUAAGUUUCGUCAGAACUACCUGCCAGAGUAAGCAAUCGCUGUACGUGAGCUGUGGCCAACUGGAAUGUGGAGUCCAAUCCGCUCUGCCUAGCAAUCCGAAUGUGGGACUCUCGAAAAUGGCCUCUCCCGGCGAUUGGCCCUGGCUGGCAGCACUGUUCCGUGCCGAUACGCACGUUUGCGAUGGAACUUUGGUGUCAUCCGACUGGGUCUUGACGACGGAGUCAUGCUUCCAGGGUCAACCAAAAGCGACGUGGAUCGCUAUGUUUGGCGCUGUCCGGUUGUCUUCCAAUGCACCCUGGACUCAACGGCGUCGAAUUAUCGGAAUGGUAAAGUCCCCGGUUGAGGGCAGUACCGCCGCGCUGGUGCGUCUGCAAGAUCCCGUUAUCUACUCGGAUUUCGUGCGUCCCAUCUGUCUGCCAGAUAUUCCGCUGAAGGAAACCAUCGAUCGGAGCGACGUUGUGACGCCAACACCGCAUGCCGAGCGCUUCUCUAAGGUACGCCAGAGAAAGCGCAUCAAGGAGUACCGUCAGUACUUCGAAACGCCCGGCGAGGAGGAAACCUCCGAGGACUACAACGAAGCCACGGAACCGUCCCGAUACUCGAUCAACGAGUUCACCGUCGAAUUCGCGGACGAGGGUGCGCAGAUCCCGAAGGCCGAAGCCGUUGGAGCCGUCAGUGGUGCUCGCAAUCCGUACCCUCUGCCGGAGAACUCACCGCAAACCAACAACUACAUUUCCCCGCUCAAUCACGUCGGAAGCAGCUUCCAACCGCCCAAACCGAAGCAAUCCAUUUGGACCAACUGCAACACCCUCGGGUGGAGCCGUCAGCGGGAUCACUUGCAGCGAGUACAGCUCAAAAUCAGCGAUAUGAAACCGUGCGAGAACGUUUCGAUCGCUACCGUCAACAGCAUGUGCACGGAGGCGGCCUACCACAAGCAGGAUUGCAGCGAAGAAGAGUUCGCCGGCAGUCCCGUGGUCUGUCUGCUGUCGACCGAACGAAAGUGGGCCCUGGUGGGGGUGGCCUCCUGGCGAAUAGCGUGCGCCCCUAAUGGGGUCGCGCGGCCGCGAAUGUACGACAAAAUCACCUCCAACAGCCAAUGGAUCCGGGAAAUUAUUGCCGCCUCGGUGUAGUUUCCGGUGAUAGGCCGCGGAGUGAUCAAAUUAUGUGCAAAUAUUUAGCUUAAAACAGUGUGUAUGUAUGCAUGUAUGACCGUGUCAUGGACAGAGCAGGAUCAAAUAAGUGAAAACGGAACAAAGAGGUGAUUUGUUUGCUUUAUGCCAUUCGCGCCGUCCGUCCGUCCGCGCCCGGAUUUGGUACCGUUAUAGCCGACUUUUCACUGCACACAGCGUCGUGGCUGAGAUGUAAAAUACAUGAACACCUUCGAGUUGAGUUUAAAGUGCACGGCUUUAGGACUUUCUCGACACCUCGUGAGAGUGGUUUAUUUUUAUGAGUUAUAAAAUGUUGUAUUAUAGUUGAUGAUAAAAAAAAUUGAACAAAAGCUGUUUUAAAGUUAUUUUUAAAUGUUAAUUGUUACGUUACUACAAAAAAUAAUCCUCAAACUAGACUGCUUUUGAGAAAAUGCGAAACCUAAACCGAACCCAAA